GCCAUACCCAUGCGGACUGUUUAACUCUUGCGUCUUACUUUUUUUUUGUAUCUUCAAAUUUGUGGUUGUAUGAUUACUACGAUGUUCAGGGUGAAGAUCAGUCUUCUCUGGGCUCUUUUGUCAAUUUUAAUGCUAUCGAUCGGAAACAGUGGUUGCAGGAAUAAAUAUCCGCUUUCACUCUGUAUCUUGAUCCGUUCUUCCGUGGAGAAUUAUAAGUCUAGCAUUUUCUUGGCUUUCGUACUUCUCUUAACGUUGUGUCUCAACUGUCAAUUAUUAUUUCCUAGAAUACCCUUCGAAUAUUUCUCCUUUGUGUCUUUUUUUCGAGUCAGUUCGUUUUUAACCAAUCAAACAACGAGAUAAGUAGCACAUAUCAUGUCCCAGAGUAUUAUAGUAGGUAGGACACAUUGCACCGUCUUUCCAGGUCUGAAAAAUCAAAAUAUUAAAUGAAUAGGGGAGUAUGUAUAAUGACGAUGGUGGCGGCGGGAAAUAAUUCAGUGGUUGGUGUGCUCGAUGCACGGCGGUGUAGAAAGGCCCUUGCAGUCGUUAUUUAUGAGAAUAAUACUGUUCCUUCUGACCCUCUUGAACAAGGCUGGGCUUAUAGUGGAGACUCUUUUCUUUUCUUUUUUUUUUCUAAAAUUAAGGUGCCUGAGCCUGAGCCUGAGCUCUGAAUCCUGAGACCAGUAUUGGAUUAUGUGAGAUGGGAUUAGGAAGGUGCGGUGUUAAGUUAGUUAAGAGUCGGUUCUUAGAUAAUUGGGAUGUCUUGUUGAUGCAAUUGAAUAGAUGAGACACGGAGGCAAUUGAUCGUUGUUUAUGGAUAUCAAUUGCAGUGUUUGGAAGAG